GUGCAUCAUCAUCUUCAUCAGCCGUGAUUCGCUGCCGCACCCCCUUUCAGCUUGCUCUUACACUAGACUAUACUUCCAUUUAGUUUAUCUCGUGAAUUUCGUUUUCCCCCACUCUGAGUUUUCCUUUUUUUGGUAUCCUUCCUCUCAGAAUCCAAAAUACUUGAAAAAUUCAUACGCGCGCUUUCAGCGUUGAUGCAGCUCAAGUUUUCGUUUCUCUUCCAGAUUUGUCGAGGGAUUCAUCAUACGAAUAGUCGAUAUAUUAUUCUUAUCUGGUGAAGUGAAAGAUUGGAUCGGUGUUUAUUUUUAUGGUAAUACAAUUGAUGGUUUCUCUGUCCUAGGGUUUAGUGCUUGCUUUGCCGGAAUUUUGUUGGAUUGGGCGAUUAGCUAGGGCUGGAGCUUGGAGAUUGUGAUGGAUUCUUAUAGGCCAUUCCAUCCGCCGUCUCAAUCGACGUUUGUCUCGCCACAGCCCCCGAAUCAGAAUCACAUACGGCCUCAUCUGCCAACCUCCGUAGGGCAGCCGCGAGGGAAUCACCCUUCUCAGAAUAAUUGGGGAUAUGGUAGUUACCAGCAAGUAAAUCACUUUAGCGGUGGUCCUCUUCCGCCGCCACCGCCUCUUCCUCCACAGUCUACUCAGCAAGAAUUGCAAUAUCAGUAUCCGCCUCCGCCGCCCCCGCCGGAUUCUUCAUAUCCACCACCACCGCCACCGCAGCCUGCUCCUCCAGCUCCACCAUAUUAUCCAUCCUCUCAGUAUACUCAGUAUGUCCCACAACCGCCUUUACAACCCCCUCCGCCACCUCCUCCCCCAUUGUCUCCUCCCCCAAGUUCUGUGAUUCCUCCUCCUCCGCCUCCUUCUUCACCCCCUCCACCCCCUUCAUUAGCCCCCCCUGCUCGUCAAAGCAAUGAAAUCCGGAUUGCUACUGAGAAAGCACCUUCCAAGGACGGGAUUCCAUAUAAGCAGAAACCUCCAGUUCCUGAAAUCCAAGUGAAGAAGGCAAACGUUCAUCCUGGAAAAGUUGAAACAGAAGAAGAAAGGAGGUUGAGAAAGAAGCGAGAGUAUGAGAAACAAAGGCAUGAAGAGAAACAUAGGCAGCUAUUAAAAGAAUCCCAGAACAAGGUGCUGCUGAAGACCCAAAUGUUAGCUUCUGGGUUGAAGGGUCAUGGUUCUAUUAGUGCCUCCCACAUGGCUGACAGAAGAAAUACUCCUUUGUUGAGUGGAGAGAGAUCUGAAAACCGGUUGAAGAAACCAACUACAUUUCUUUGCAAGCUGAGGUUUCGAAAUGAAUUGCCAGAUCCAACAGCACAACCAAAGCUUAUGUCCUUAAGAAGAGACAAAGAUAGAUUUACCAAAUACACAAUCACUUCUUUAGAGAAAGUGCACAAGCCUCAAUUAUAUGUUGAACCAGAUCUUGGGAUUCCACUUGACCUACUUGAUCUCAGUGUAUAUAACCCUCCAAAGGGUGAAGUGACUCCCCUGGAUCAUGAGGAUGAGGCCUUGUUGCGUGAUGAUGAUCCUGUAACUCCAAUCAAGAAAGAUGGCAUAAAAAGGAAAGAUAGGCCAACUGACAAGGGCGUUUCUUGGCUAGUAAAAACACAAUAUAUUUCUUCUCUAAGCACAGAUUCAACAAAACAGUCUCUGACUGAAAAGCAAGCUAAGGAAUUACGUGAAACCAGAGGAGGCCGCAACAUUUUGGAGAACCUUAGUACCAGGGAAAGACAGAUACAACAAAUUAAGGCUUCUUUUGAGGCAUGCAAGUCACGACCAGUUCAUGCAACCAAUCCGAAGUUACAGCCUCUUAAGAUCCUUCCCCUUUUGCCUGAUUUUGAUAGGUACGAUGACAAGUUUGUGGUUGCCACCUUUGAUAGUGCUCCUACUGCUGAUUCAGAGAAUUACAGCAAGCUAGACAAGGCUCUUCGAGAUAAACAUGAAUCUUGUGCAAUUAUGAAAAGCUUUGUUGCUAGAAGCUCUGAUGCCACUAAACCUGAUAAAUUCCUGGCAUAUAUGGUCCCUUCACCCGAUGAGCUAGAGAAGGAUAUGUUUGAUGAAAAUGAGGAUAUCUCAUAUACAUGGGUCCGCGAAUAUCACUGGGAUGUACGCGGCGAUGGCUCAGAUGAUCCAACCACAUUCCUUGUGGCAUCUGACAAAUCAGUGGCACGCUACAUGCCGGUUCCAACAAAACUCACGUUGAGAAAAAAGAGGGCCCGAGAAGGAAAAUCAAGCGACGAAGUUGAACAGUUUCCAGUACCUGCAAGAGUGACCGUAAGGAAUAGACAAACGGUGGCUGCCAUUGAAUUGAAAGAUGAAGGGGACUAUUCAAGUUACAGGGGGAGUGGUAUUUCAGACAAGAAGAGAACAAAAAUUAGCUUUGAAGAUGGUUUACAUUCAGAGAAAGGUAUACAUGAAAGUGAUGAAGACCAAUACAGUGGUAGGGGUGAAUAUGAGUUGUCUGAUUCAUAAUUUUUUUUAGUACACAAUGCGAUAACACCAAUGCAAUGAGAGUAGAGCCACAAAAACUACAGAUUAGUUAGAGGAGUUUUCACUUUGUAUGUUUGUAAGUUGUAAAAAAUUUCUCCAGUUUUAACUUUAAUGGUCUUAUAAACUAUUUAAAAAAACUUAUUAUCCCCC